UUGGAUUUCUGGUAGGUAGAAGCUUAUGUUUCACUCUCACCUUCAUCCCUUCUUCGAUUCAUUUAGUUAUAUCUCUGCUUUCUUUUCAUUCACCUCUACUUGAAGGAGAAUAGAUAAUUUGGUGCGUCGAAUUGUUUGGCAGAAGAUCAACUCAAAAUUUGUUGCUUAUGAGUGAAGUUUUAUGUCAUUUUGCAGAAGAUAAGCUCAAAUUUCGUUAAUAGUGGCUUCGUUUUCUUGGAACUGUGAUUUGAUUUUUUUUGGUAGGAGUGAUAGAACAUGGAGGCUAGAGUUUCAUCAUAUGGGUUUUUUUUGAGCUGCCUUGUUUAUUCGAUUUUAUGAAUAUAAAUGGUUUAUUUAGCAUGAAUUUCUUGCGAUUUGAUGAAAUGGGAUGCUAAAGAUUGGAUAUUUUUUUAGAGUUUUUAGGUUAUGUAUUACUAUGAAGGUUAUUUCUGAUUGAAGUUUAUAUCAUUUGCAGAAGAUCAACUCAAACUUUGUUGUUUAGGAGUGAAGUUUUUGUCAUUUUGCAGAAGAUAAGCUCAAAUUUUGUAAUAGUGGCUUCAUUUUCUUGGCACUGUGAUUUGAUUAUUUUGGGAGAAGGAGUGAUAGAGCAUGGAGGCUAGAGUUUCAUCAGGCUUGCAAUUACCCAAUUGGGUAAACCCGGAAAAGAUUGCAAGAAAACCGGCUGGUUCUUUGCAACUCCUCCGAAAGUAUGGGGGGCAACGGUUGUAUCAUAUGCCAGUUUCUCGUUUUCCACGUGCUAAAGAACGAUUGCAUGGAUUUGUAACUUUGAAGGUCUCGUGUGUUUCUGAGAAUCGUCAAGCUUCAGUGAUGGAAUUUGAAAGUUCUACAGCAUUCCUUGAUGAAUCAGAUAUCAUAAAGAAUAAAGCUGAAGAGGUUGAACCAAAUCUAGAUGGACGUUGCAUAUAUCUUGUUGGAAUGAUGGGAUCCGGGAAAACAACGGUGGGCAAGGUUUUGUCAGAAGCCCUUCGAUAUUCCUUUCUUGACUGCGAUGUACUAAUAGAGGAGGCUGUUGGCGUAAGUUCUGUGGCAGAAAUAUUCAAGUUACAUGGCGAGAGCUUCUUUAGAGAUAAUGAGACUGAAGUGUUGAAGAAGUUGUCUUCGAUGCAUCAGUUAGUCGUUUCAACAGGUGGGGGUGCAGUUGUACGGCCAGUCAAUUGGAGACACAUGAGAAAGGGUAUCAGCGUUUGGCUGGACGUGCCUUUGGAAGCCUUAGCUCGUAGAAUUGUAGCUGUUGGAACUGGUUCUCGUCCCCUGUUGCAUCAUGGAGAUGGAGAUCCAUAUACUAAGACUAUGAAGCGAUUAUCUAGCCUUUUUGAACAGAGGGGUGAAGCGUAUGCCAAUGCUGAUGUGAGAGUUUCUCUUGAAGACAUGGCAGCCAAACUUGGAUAUGAAGAUGUAUCCGAUAUUUCUCCAACUGCAAUUGCGAUUGAGGCACUUGUAGAAAUCGAGCAUUUCUUGACGAAGUAGGUAAGAAGUUAUCGUCUUGGGAUGGUGUAUAGUCGGAGUUGAUAUUUGGUUGUGUAGGAGAGUGUUGUGUCGAUUUUUCAGCUGCUAGACAUGGCAUGAAUAAAUGUGGAAGAACUUGGGCUCCAUCAUCAACUAGAGUUUCGCUCAUGUUUGUUGUAGUGAAAUAACUAAAGUAUUGCCUUUUCCUUUUUAAUUGUUAUGAACUCGUACCUCCAUUUUUUAAUUUAUCUAUGUUGAUUGAUUUUU